UUGAAACUUUGAUCAUUUCUCGUUCGAAUUGUUAUGCACUUAAAAGUCGAAAUCCUUGGCGACAAUACCCCCAGGCUUUCCUGAUAUCACAUUGAUUUGCUAAUUCCACCCAAGCGACGCUAUAGCGAAGAGAAAAGCAAACCAUGUUACUCUCAAUAUUUAAGAUAUGCUGGCACACGCUCAUGAACUAUUUCGAACGGGUAAUGGAGCUGGCCGAGGAAUCUCGCUUCGGAACUUUUUUGGUCAGCUGUACGAUGGCCUUGGUCGUCAUCCUGAAUGUGCAAUCAGGCCGGGCAUUCUUCUAUGAAGUGGAUAGGAGGAUGACCAACAGAAGGAUCAAUGCGAGGCUGGUCCGCUAUCCAUCGCCAAUUGACAUUACGAGCAGUAAGGCCUGCCGGCGGCAGCUGAGGCUUCCUUUGGUCUGGACCCACUACGAUGAAACGCCCCUGGCUAUGCUCCUGGAAAACAAUGGCAGCACGGUUAUCCUGCGAAGUUUCUACCCACCGAAAUCGGUGCCCUACCUAAGCGGCGGCGAGCUAGGCGGCAGCUACCAUUUUGUGGAGGCCAUCUUUAAGUGGGGCGUCACCAAAACCGAACACUCGAUUGAUGGACAACAGUUUUCCCUGGAGAUGCAGGUCCUUCACAGGUGUCCUCAACGAAAGGAAUACCUGGCGCUGAGCUACCUAUUCUCGCGGGCUCGCUUUAAAAAUGACCCCUUCAAGCAAAUCACUGAGAACUUGAGGUGUAUUCGAUGGCAACGAUCCUCAAUUGAGCUGCCGCCCUUUGAGCUGGGUACUCUGCUCCGCAGCUUCGAAAGGGGCUACUACAGCUACCAGGGCACCUAUGACAACGGGGAGCAGGAGCUGCCUGUCACCUGGCUGAUUGACGCUCAGAUUGGCAGACUUUGUUACCAGCAGGUGGCUGAGUUUGCAACUCUGUGUGGAAAGGAGGGAAGCAGGAUCACGAGCAACGCAAGGGAGGAGAAAUCUUUGGGCAGACGCUCUGUACAGUUUCAUUACUAAGAAGUGUCCUAAGGAGGAGGUCCUUCUAAAUGCAUUAC